CCAAGAAGUGGAAGGACAUGCACACGAUUUGAAGAGAGUCACAACACUAUCCGAUUCCUACACGAUUCACAAAGGAUGUCAACUGAAAAUAACCAUAGUUCAACUUGAUGUGCUUUAAACAAAAAGAAGAAUAUUAUACAACAUUUACUACGGAGGACCCUAUGGUAAUGGAGGAGUGGGUAGAGGACUUGGCUAUUACCACAUCAAUUUCACCUGACAGCGUCACCAGUAAGCCAAGCCUGGCCAACAAGAAUGGGGUGGAGGACCAAUCUGUAACCAUGACAGGCAAGGAUGCGAGCUUAACCAGCGUAACCAUGGCUUCAUCCACCGAUGCCAUAACAAACACUGAAGUCAACCUGGCUGUGGCAUCAUCCACACACAGUGAAGCUAACUUAGGCAUAGCUUUAUCCACUGACGCCAUUACAAACAAAGAAGCGAGUGGAACUAUAGCCUUACCCAUGUAUAGUAAGGCAAACACUGAUGCUAAGGCAGCCAUCCCACCCAUAGCAUCAGCAUCUCCAUCACCAGCUGCCACCAUGACAAACAGUGAUGCCAAACUAGCCCUCCCCUCACCGUUUUCAUCACCCGCUGCCAGUAGCCCAGCCCCCGGAGGCCUGCAGCCCGAGGAGGGAGGCCUCUCAGCGGUGAGGUCAUGCGGCGGUGUGGGGGUCACUCUGGAGAACAGCAGUGUCUGGAAGGAGUUCCAUCGCUGUGGAACCGAGAUGAUCCUGACAAAGCAGGGCCGGCGCAUGUUCCCCUAUUGCCGCUACCGCCUGACGGGUCUGGAACCAACACGCCGUUAUGCUCUUGUCCUGUCAAUCACCCCCAUCGACACAUACCGCCAUCGCUGGAACCUGGAAUGGGAACCCAGUGGUCCUGGCGAACCACUCAGCCAGGCCUCACGCAGAGUCUUCCCCCACCAGGACUCAUCAGCCCUGGGGAAGGUCUGGAUGGCCAGCCUGGUCUCCUUCUAUAAACUCAAACUGACUAACCACUGCCUGGACCAGGAGGGGCAUGUGAUGUUGCACUCCAUGCACCGCUACAGGCCCAGUUUACACGUGAUCCCCGUCGCAGAUGGAGAAGACCUUGGCUUUGACCCUAAGAUGCUCUACCUCCAGCUUUUCAGUCCGAAGGUCAUGACCUUCACGUUUCCGCAGACAGAGUUUUAUGCUGUGACGUCAUACCAGAACACCAGGAUCACCCAGCUGAAGAUAGACUAUAAUCCCUUUGCUAAGGGCUUCCGGGAGGACAGCGGCAGCCCGCGCCUCACCAAGCCCAGGCCAGAGCAGUCUCAGGCGGGGAAGGGAGAUACCCGCUCCCCUGGUCUGAGCUCCGCUAGGCCCGAUGGUCGUGAGGGGACUGAGCAGAUUGUGAGUGGCGUGGCUGAUCUCAGGUACAAACUCUGCCUUCCCAGCGGGCCCAUAGAGCAGCAGCCCCCGCGCACCUAG